CGCGGCUACCCGAGCAGGGGGCUCCGCGACGUGGCUGCCCCGAAGUAGGGCCAUGCUGGACUUCGCCAUCUUCGCCGUCACCUUCUUGCUGGCGUUGGUGGGAGCGGUGCUCUACCUCUACCCGGCUACCAGACAAGCUUCAGGAAUUCCAGGAAUUACUCCAACAGAAGAAAAAGAUGGUAAUCUUCCAGAUAUCAUCAGCAGAGGAAGUUUACAUGAGUUCCUGGUUAAUUUGCAUGAGAGAUUUGGGCCUGUGGUCUCAUUCUGGUUUGGCAGGCGCCUGGUAGUUAGUUUGGGCAAUGUUGAUGUCCUACAACAGCAUAUCAACCCCAAUAAGACAUCGGAUCCUUUUGAAACUAUGCUAAAGUCAUUAUUAAUGUAUCAGUCUGGUGGAGAAAAUGUGAGUGACAAGCACAUGAGGAAAAAAAUUUAUGAAAAUGGUGUGGCUAAUUCUCUGCAGAGUAAUUUUUCUCUCCUGAUAAAGCUUUCAGAAGAAUUGUUAGACAAAUGGCUCUCCUACCCAGAGUCUCAGCAUAUACCCCUCUCCCAGCAUAUGCUUGGUUUUGCAAUGAGGUCUGUUACACAGAUGGUGAUGGGUAGUGCUUUUGAAGAUGACCAGGAAGUCAUUUGCUUCCAGAAGAAUCAUAGCACAGUUUGGUCUGAGAUUGGGAAAGGCUUCCUAGAUGGAUCACUUGAUAAAAGUACAGCUCGGAAAAAUCAAUAUGAAGAUGCCCUUAUACAACUGGAAUCUAUUUUAAAGAAAAGCAUAAAGGAACGAAAAGGAAAGAAUUUCAGCCAACAUAUUUUCAUUGACUCCUUAUUACAAGGGAACUUUAGUGAUCAACAGAUUCUAGAAGACAGUAUGAUAUUUUCCCUGGCUGGCUGCAUAAUAACUGCAAAAUUGUGCACCUGGGCAAUUUGGUUUUUAACCACCUCUGAAGAAGUUCAGAAUAAACUCUGUGAAGAGAUAAACCAAGUUUUUGGGAAAGGUCCUAUUACUCCAGAGAAAAUCGAGCAGCUCAGGUAUUGUCGGCAAGUGCUUCUUGAAACUGUUCGGACUGCAAAACUGACCCCAGUCUCUGCCAGACUUCAGGAUACUGAAGGAAAGAUUGACAAAUUUAUUAUUCCUAAAGAGACACUUGUCCUUUAUGCCCUUGGUGUGGUGCUUCAGGAUCCCAGUACUUGGCCUUCACCAUACAAGUUUGAUCCAGACCGAUUUGAUGAUGAAUCAGUGAUGAAAACUUUCUCCUUGCUUGGAUUCUCAGGCACCCGGGAAUGCCCAGAGUUAAGGCUUGCAUACAUGGUGACCACAGUACUUCUAUGUGUAUUGCUGAGGAGACUACGUCUACUUUCUGUGGAAGGACAAGUUAUUGAAACUAAGUAUGAACUGGUAACAUCAACCAGGGAAGAAGCCUGGAUUACUGUCUCAAAGAGAUAAUGAACUUAUAUAUUUAGCUUUGUUGAGAAAAAAAGACUGUUUAGAAAAUCUGUAUUGAAUUCUUUUAUAAGCCAAAUUGUAUUGAAUAAUAUAAACACCUACUACUUAUACUUAAUUAUGUAAAUUUGGAUUGUUACAGUUUUUAUGGUUUUGUUUGGGGGCCACACCUGGCAAUACUCGGGGGUUGCUCCUGGUUCUGUGCUCAGGAAUUACUCCUGGCAGUGCUGGGGAUCCAUAUGGGAUGCCAGGGAUCAAACCCAGGUCAGUUGCAUUGCAAGGCAAGUGCCUUACCCACUGUACUAUCUCUCUAGCCCCUAGAUUAGAUUUUUUUUUUAUGAAUGGUAUACAUUUAUACUUAGAGGUAAUAUUAAUGAGAAACAUCAUAUUUUUAAUUUUUCUUUCAUGAAUUUGUUUUGGGAGUUGGGGGAUCAUAUCCUGCAGUUCAGGGAUUACUCCUGGUUCUGUACUCAGGGAUCACUGUUGGCAGUGCUUGGUGUGCCUGGGAUUGAACCCUGAUUAGCCAUGUGACAGCAUGUGCCUUAAUUUGUUGUUAUUUCACUGCCCCACACUCUCCAAAAGACUUUAUAUUUCAUUUUAAAUUCAUUUUUGUUUUGAAGCCAUACCCUGCAGUGCUCAGAAGCAACUCCUGGCUCUAUACUCAGAAUUUAUACCUAUAGGUACUUAAGAGCCAUAUAUAUUGCCAGGAUUUAAACUAGCAUCCUGGUUGUAGCCACAUCUUAAUCUUUGUACUAUCUCUCUGGCCUUAGUUUUCUAUUUAUAUUAUGUUUUAGUUGUAUCUCUCAGAUAAAUAUUCUUGAGAGAACAUUUAUUUUUCAUUAUUUAGGGAAUCACAUUUUCUAAAUAUUCAUAAAAGAUAAAAAUAUAAUGUCAGAGAGAUAAUACAGGGGGGAAUUUACUAGCCUUGCACAGAAGACCCUCAUUUACAUAGAAGAGCAUAUGAUCCCUUGAGUACUGCCAGGAAUGACCCAUGAGCACAGAGCCAGAAGAAAGUCCUAAGCAUAGCCAGGAGUGGCCCCAAACUGCCCUGCCAUUUCUCUUUCCCCUGCCCAAAAUAAUCCUAACUCUUCUUUGUACUUCCAGUAAUUUCUGUAAUUUCACUUCUGGAUUAAUAUUUAUGAGUAUAAGUUGAUUUCCCUUUAAUUAUUAUUAAAU